GUUAUGUUUUCUUCCGUACAACACUUGUCCGUGUCAUCAUUUUCCAAGCGAAUAAAAUAAUCAAAAGAAAGUAUUUCUGGUCACAAUGAGUGUAUACGAUGAUAUAAAAUUAUAUAGUUUACAUGACAAAUUCAUAGUUCAGCCGAAGGAUAGUGUCGAAGAGUUGAUAAUCAAUCGAAUAAAUGGCACUGUCACGGUCCAAGGCAUCACCAAUCAAUUCUACGACAGUCGUACAUUGCGACACGUAUGCGGUAUUUUGGGAACGAUUAAAUUAAUCAGUGGCAAAUAUUUGGUUGUGGCAACACAUCGUGACUUUGUCGGUGUGGUCAACGGUCACGUUAUUUGGCGUUUGGCUGGACAUGAUUUGAUACCAUAUAUUCCAUCAUCGAUUCACUUGUCAGAGACUCAGAAAGUCCAAAAUGAGACGUAUCUUUCGAUGAUCAAUCAAACACUCAACACACCAUUUUUCUACUUUUCAUACGCCUAUGAUCUGACACACACUUUGCAGCGAUUGAGUGCAUUGGAUUCGAACUUUUAUGAGUCGGGAAUGGCACAACGAGCUGAUAGCCGAUUUAUGUGGAAUGGUUUUUUGCUGAAAGAUUUUCUCACAACAUCACUUCGACGCUUUUGUUUGCCGAUUGUUCAUGGAUUCAUUUCGAUUAAUCAAGUGAACGUAAACAACAGCACAUUUACAUGGGCUUUGAUUUCAAGACGUUCGGUUUACAGAGCUGGUACACGCUUUUUCCGUCGUGGAAUCGACAAAAAUGGAGACUGUGCAAACUUUGUUGAAACCGAGCAAAUCGUUACUUAUUUGAAUGAUAAGGUUUCAUUUGUACAAAUCCGUGGCAGUAUUCCGUUGUAUUGGUCUCAAAGUCCGAAUAUCCGCUACAAGCCAGCUUUGACAAUCGAUUUGUCGAAGGAGCAUUUAUCGGCUGCUCUUAAACAUGCUGAAAAAGUGCUAAAAACAUACGGACGACAUGUUUAUGUUAACUUGAUCGAUCAUCGCGGCAAAGAAGAAUUACUGGAGAAAGGAUUUGCGAAUCUAAUAAGUCAAUUGGGUUUGCCAAACAUUCGCUAUGAAUCAUUCGAUUUUCAUGCUGAAUGCCGUAAAAUGCAAUGGCAUCGUUUGAACAUACUAAUCGAUCGAUUGGCUCAUGAACAAGACGAGAUGGGCGUAUUCCAAGUCAAAACCGAUGGCACAGUCAUUUCAACACAAUCCGGAGUUUUUCGAACCAAUUGCAUUGAUUGCUUGGAUCGUACAAAUGUAGUGCAGAGCAUGCUGGCUAGACGUUCAUUGCAGCAAGUUUUAGAGAAAUUGAACAUUCUUUCAAUUGGACAAACCAUUCAGUCGGUUACCGCAUUCGAUUCACUGUUUAAGAACGUUUGGGCUGAUAAUGCCGAUUUAAUUUCGCUGCAAUAUUCCGGAACCGGAGCUCUGAAGACCGAUUUUACAAGGACUGGCAAACGUACUAUUCAAGGGGCGAUGCAAGACGGUGUCAAUUCUUUGACGAGAUACAUUAAAAACAAUUUCAGUGAUGGAUUCCGACAGGAUGCAAUAAAUCUUUUCCUUGGUAACUACGUCAUUCAAGAAGGUGAAGGAAAACUCGUUCCGUGUCCAUUGGAAGUUCGAAAAGGAUGGAAACAAGCUACGUUCCCAUCUGUAUUGGUAUUUGCCGUUGCAAUGUUUUGUGCAUCGGUUAUUUUACCACAAGAGUACAACACGGAAAACUUAUUGUUUAUGCUAUUUUGGAGCAGUAUGAUUGGAGUAACUUUGAAGGGGAUAUUCCGUUUUGGAUCUGAAUUUGUUGAUUUUCCGAAACUCUUGCCAUGCAUCGACCAAAACAACGUAAACAAAAUCUUAUAAUUUCCAACGUACGUGCAUAAUCAGUAUGAAGUAGAGUGAAAAUUCACAUAUAAAUAUAUUAUACACGCAUAUUCCUUUUUGAUACAAUCGGGACAAUUCCAUUUCGAGAACUAUAAAUUCGUUAAUUAAACUUCAUAUUCGUUUUUUUGAUAAAAUUGCUAAGGCCAUUUCAUCAUAUUUUUAUUGCUUGUCAUUGUAAGCUAGCUUUCAAAUGUAAAUAUU